AUGACAGUUGGACGAGGUUGUGCAGCCGUCCCACUUUCUUUCAGAAAAGGGAGAGAUGCAAUGGCCAUCAAUCAAAAUACACCUCAUUGGGUCGAAAAAAUGCGCCGAUUUCAACCUUACCAACUUCUCUCUCACCAGAAUCCACAGAUUCCAAACUUGUCUUUGAAAUAUUCGCAGUAUUUUGUUAAAAACAGUGGAAUCUUCCAGCGCCUCAGAAGUGCAUUCAAAAAUGUCACCAGUUAA